AUGCUUUACGUGGUAAAGGCAAGAUCGAGCGACGAAUACUUAAUUUUAUGCUUGGCAGUGACGGUGCAUAAAUUACAGGACACAACUUUAGACCGAGCAGUUGUAGAUUUAAGUAGAAACUUAUUAGCAAAAGGUCAAGCUUACGUUGCUUUGAGCAGAGUGAAGACUCUCUCCGGACUUGCUAUUAGUUCUCUUGACCCUAACAAAUUGCUUAAUCAACCACACGACAUAAACUCAUUCAAGGAAUUAAUCCGGUUACGUGAUAAGAAGUUGAAACUGCCAAAAUUUGCUCCUAUGGAUAUUCCUUUGAUAGAAGUUCAUGGUAGUAAUAAUUUCUCGGUGAAAUUGACGAAUUUGAAAGUUUACGGAUUAGAACAUGUUAAACCGUUGAGAGUAGAUGUAAAUUUCGAGAAGAAAAAAGCUCAUUUGCUCAGCACAGUUCCGAUGUUAUUCGUAACCGGUCAAUACGAAAUGGCCGGACGGAUUUUGGUAUUUAAUUUAAAUGGACAUGGAAUAGCAAAAUUAACUAUGACUGAAGGUGUAUAUUCAUACGAUUUGGAAUGGGAAAGUGAGCAAAGACAUGGUGAAGAAUACGCUAAACUUGUCAAAAGCGACUUCGAUUAUACUCUAAAAAAAGUGACGUAUGAUUUCGAAAAUGUAUUCAACGGAAACGAAAGGAUGAGUACCAUAAUUAACAAAGCUUUGAACGAUAAUUGGGAAAUUGUCAAUGAAGAUCUGAAGGAUUCGGUUAAAGCUGCAAUGCUAGCUAUCCAUAACGAUCUAUUCCAACGGUUUUUCAGUCGAAUUCCUAUAAAGGAAUUAUUUUUAGAUUAG